AUGAGGGCAGUCACAACGCUUCUCGCCUGUCUUGUCGCCCUGCCUUUGGCCUUCGCCGGCCCGCUCCCUCGGGCCUCCAACACCACCACUUCCGUGCCUACUGCGAUCAUCAAACCCAAGACCGCCAGUGGCACUCCCAUUACGGUCACUGGAGUCAAUGAGUACGGCCUUGAUGUCUAUCUUGGUAUCCCUUUUGCUGAGCCUCCUGUUGGAGACCUCCGGUUUGCGCACCCCCAGCCCAAAGUCUACAGCGGAAACGUCACUGCGACUACCCCGCCGCCGGCAUGUCUUCAGGACGCCGGUGACCUUCAGGGGUCAUACGGCAUCAGCGAAGACUGUCUUACGCUCAACAUUUUGGGUCCACAAGGUGUGGCGGGGACCAACGCCAAACUUCCAGUCAUGGUCUGGAUCUACGGAGGUGGCUUCACCUCGGGUACUGGCACCACCUACAACGGCCCAUACCUCAACACAUAUGCUGCGUCCACCGACCGUCCUUUCAUUCUUGUGACGUUCAACUAUCGCCUUGGCAUAUUUGGAUGGGGCAAUGGUGCCGAGAUGGCGGCCAACGGUGCUGCCAACCUUGCUCUUCGUGACCAGAUCCUCGCCCUCCAGUGGGUCAAGGAGAACAUCAAGGCCUUUGGUGGUAACCCCAACAAGGUGACCGUGUUCGGCGAGUCGGCUGGCGCCAUUUCUAUUUCGUGCCUCAUGCUCAACCAGUCGACCGACCUGUUCCAUGGCGCUAUCAUGAUGUCGGGUGCUCAGUCGACCUCGCCCCUCGGCCCCACCGCGGACGUGUGGCAGGGCCCUUACGACAUGGUCGCCCAGCUUACGGGUUGCAAGAAUGCGAGCACCCCGAUCACUGCCGCCGGUAACCAGAGCACGUUUGAUUGCCUCAAGAAGGUUCCAGCAGAGACUCUGCUCAACGCCACCAUCACCACCAAGAACAACCUGCUCUAUGCCUUGGGCUUUGUCUGGGGUCCCAGCGUGGACGGAGACAUCAUUCCCGGCGCACCUUGGAAGCUUCUUGAGGAGGGAAAGUUUGCUCGUAUUCCAUUCAUUUCCGGCAACAACGUCGACGAGGGUACCCUGUUUGUGCCGACCUACCUCAACACCACGCAGAUUCCCGUCUCCACUCUGCUCGACUUCUUGUACCCGAGCCCGCUCAACGCCAGUAUCGCCGACGAAGUCACUGAGGCCUACCCCAAUGUCCCUGCCCUGGGUGCUCCGUUUGGCACGGGUAAUGAGACUUUUGGUCUCGACCCAGGAUGGAAGCAGCUCACGGCCAUCAUUACCGAUGGGGCCUUCAUGUCUCGUCGCCGUUGGUUCCUCCGCCAGGCCAACAAGCACGGCUUCAAGAAGACUUGGAGCUACCAGUGGGAUGGCAAGACCCCUGGCGACCCGGCAUACUACGGAGCCACACACGGUCGUGACGUUUACUACUCGUUCGGCGCCAUCUCGACCGCUACCAACUACACGGUCGCCGACGUGUCCCUGUCGAACGCAAUGAUGAACUACUGGAUCAACUUUGCAUACUACCAGGACCCCAACGGCAAGAACAUCAAGAAGAACAAGAACUGCAAGUCCAGUAACAGCACUACCGCCAUGACCGUCCUCAACCAGACGUCGUGGGCACCCCACUCGUACCCCAAGAACAAAAACUCAAUGUACCUGAGCGAGACCAACGUUAGCACUAUUCAGGACGAUUUCCGUGAGGAGCAGAUGUCCGUCUUCUUCCAGAGCAACAUGUCCCAGGCUCUUUUCUAUAAGAGAGACGGAGAGAAGUAG